CGCCCCCGCGGGUGUCUUCUUGCCACCUGGAAAUCAGACCCGAAAUUAGAACCGGGGAAGCCCUUAGCCUUCCCCGUCCUCCACCAGCUCAUAUGUCUUAGAUCGGAUGGACUAUAACAUUCAAAAGACAGAUUAUCUUACAACUCGGUUCGUUUUAGCAUGACGGGUUACAUUUUAACUUGCAGGGUAUAUAACCUUGAGUUACCGAAGGCAGCUAACUUUAGGCUGCUAUCCUUGGUCGCGUUGCCACUGCUGAGGGGCGAGGUUUUAAAGACAUGGGUCAAUUCCUAAUUCUUUAACUAGUGCCGUUCUUCUGUUCUAGGUCCUUGACAAAAACCAUCGUUGAGUAGAGCUCUAGUGCAGUUUAUGCCAGUAUUUUAUAGGCGACAUUUUCGAACUAUGUGAAGAUCCAUUUUAAGAAGAUUUAUUCCUCUGUGAUGGAGAAGUAUGAAAAAAUUGGGAAAAUUGGCGAAGGAUCCUAUGGAGUUGUUUUCAAAUGCAGAAACAGGGACACGGGUCAGAUUGUGGCUAUCAAGCGGUUUCUGGAAUCAGAAGACGACCCUGUCAUAAAGAAAAUCGCCCUUCGAGAAAUCCGAAUGCUCAAGCAACUCAAGCACCCCAACCUUGUCAACCUUAUUGAAGUCUUCCGGAAGAAGCGGAAGCUUCACCUGGUGUUUGAAUACUGCGAUCACACGGUUCUCCAUGAGCUGGACAGAUACCAAAGAGGGGUACCAGAACAUCUUGUGAAGAGCAUAACUUGGCAGACGUUGCAAGCUGUAAAUUUUUGCCAUAAGCACAAUUGCAUACAUAGAGAUGUGAAGCCAGAAAAUAUCCUCAUCACAAAACAUUCAGUGAUUAAACUUUGUGACUUUGGAUUUGCUCGGCUUUUGACUGGACCAAGUGACUACUACACGGACUACGUGGCUACCAGGUGGUACCGCUCCCCGGAGCUGUUGGUUGGGGACACACAGUAUGGCCCCCCAGUAGAUGUUUGGGCGAUUGGCUGUGUCUUUGCUGAGCUCCUGUCGGGGGUGCCUCUGUGGCCAGGAAAAUCAGAUGUGGAUCAGCUCUACCUGAUCAGGAAAACCUUGGGAGACCUCAUUCCUAGACACCAGCAAGUGUUUAGCACAAAUCAGUACUUCAGUGGGGUGAAAAUUCCAGACCCUGAGGAUAUGGAACCACUUGAAUUAAAAUUUCCAAACAUCUCCUAUCCUGCCCUGGGGCUCUUGAAGGGCUGUCUUCACAUGAAUCCUGCUGAGAGACUGACCUGUGAACAGUUGUUGCAACACCCAUAUUUUGACAGCAUCAGAGAAAUAGGGGAUUUGGCAAAAGAUCAUGACAAACCAACGAGGAAGACCUUAAGACAGAGCCGAAAGUACCACUGCUUUACAGAAGCAUCCAAGUUGCAGUACCUACCUCAGCUGACUAGCAGCAGCAUCCUUCCAGCUUUGGAUAAUAAGAAGUACUACUGUAAUACCAAGAAACUUAACUACCAUUUUCCAAACAUUUAAGGAGCUUGGAGACUGAUAAUAAAAAGAAUUGAUGAAUAACUCGAAGGAAAUAAAACAUAUAUUUGAUUGAAAACAAUCACAAUAUUGAGCAAACUUAAGUAACUGGGGGAGGUCACUUGGCAAGAUGUGAAGGGAAAUUCCAGAGGCAGCCUUCUGUGCUUGCUGAUGGUGUCUAGAACAGAAAGGAAAAACUUGGAUUUUCACUUGUACUUUUAUUUUAAAGUAGCUGAGUUUAUGGACAGCUAUAUAAAUGGUAUCUACUGUCCAUACAUCAGGCAAAACUAGAGAUGUAAAAAAAACCUUAUGCUUCAAUUGUACCAUAUGCAACAAAUGAAAAAUAGAUUCUAAAAUGCCUAUAUGCAUUUCCCUUGCUCUUUGUCAUCUUGAGUCCCACAUUCUUCUGCCUUUUUUGAUUGUCUCAACAUCACAUUUAAGGAGUUUUGGUUCUUGAAAUCAAAAUAUGUAAAAUUCCAUUUCUUGCUUGCUCUCUCUGAAUUUUAUAUUUUAAAACAUUUUGCGGAAUAUUUAAGAGUUCAAAAACAUUUAACAUCAUAUGGGUUAUAAAAAGACUACCUUAUAUGCUUAUAUAUUUAAUGAUGUGUGUAUAGACAUUUCUUACGUACUCUUUUUAUCUUUAGUAGAGGAUGCAUCUUAGUCAUUUUUGCAGGCAAGAUGGAUUUACUAUAAUCCAUCUACACUUGUUCACUCUAUUCCCCUUGCAAACAAUGGCAUGAAGACUGGCAGAUGACCAAGGUGAUCAAGAGGUAGAACAAGACCUAUAGGCUUGGCAGGAACUGAGCCUGCCAACCUGAAAAUAAUUAAUACUUCAUUCUCUCCAGCUAUGCCUCAGACUUGGAGACAGAUCUACAGGCAGGACUUUAGUGAUCUGGGUUUUAGAAGAAAUUGUGAGCUUUUGUUUAUGAAAAGACAUUAGGUUGUAAAUUGAUAUUUUCUCUGAAAUAUCUUUUUACACUAUAUGUAUAUAUGUGUAUGUGUAUAUAUGUGUGUAUAUAUAUGUACUAUACUAACAACUAUUAAUAAAAAUGUCCAAAAUGAUAUUGAGGAUUCCUAACUUUGCAGUGAUACUUAAAAUGAUGACAUAUAAUUAGCUUCGAUUUGGCCUAUUGCUUCUAUUUGAAAAGUUUUUUCAUUCUUGUCACCUGGACACGAGGGCAAUAUAAAGUUCACAUCUGUUUCUUAUAUCUCAAAGCCAUUUUUGGUUGAUGUGCUGCUAUUUUCUAGCAGUUCUUAGCCAUGGUUUUUGAAGGUGUAUUUUACUGUUUCUUCAAAACAUUUCUUCUGUACUGUUUACUGCUAUGUUAAUUUUCUUCAUGACAGCAUAUGCCCUUAUUCACUUACAGCUAAGUAAUCCACCCAAUUCUGGCAACUGUUCAAAAAUCUUGGCUACUCCAGCCAGUUUAAUAUCCUGAAGCUUCCUGAUGUAUAUAGCUUCUUUCAUAGAGCUGAUAGUGGGCUAAAUACGAAUCCCAGUAUUAUUUAAUUCUUGUUAUGCAGCCUUGAUUCAAGGAAGUACAUCCAACUUCUGUGAGUAGUUUACAUUUUGUGGGGUUUUUUCCUUAACCCAAAACAAUAUGCUUGACGAGGCAGAUGACUAUAAUUGCCUAAUUCAUCUAAUAGUUUGACAGAAAACUAUUCAGAAUAGAAAACUAGCUCCAGACUAAAUUGUGGUGAAUCAGUUGCCUCACCAUACAGUAAUCUAACAAAUGAGAUAGAAGCGCUUAUUUUUUUUUCUACUGAGUUCUAUUAAAUGUAUGCUUAUGUUUAACUUAUUCAUUUCUGCAAUUCUUUCUUCAGCAUGAGAUCACCACUGUUUCACAUGAGACUGUUUUAUAUCCUUGUCUUUUUUAAUUUACUAUUUUCUGAUUUUUUUAAAAUGACAGUGGCAAUCAUAUUAGUAAACAGUAUAUCAUUUAUGGUAUGUGCUAUUGACACAAGUUGGUUUCUAAACACAAUUAAAAUUCAUUUUCUGCCUGAA